CACCGAUUCAGUCUUUGAGUCACAGCGCGCCGGGCAAGUCGCGAUUUCUUCCUUCGUUUUUGAUCCGCUGCUCGUGAGGGGAGAUCUUCCCGAUCCGUUGUGUGAGUGUUCAAGUCUGUGUGGUCACCAAACCGGGAUCGAGGGACCGUCGACGAGACAAGUGUGUGGUGCACCGACGACGACUCGUCAAUACAAAUCAACACCCGCCGAGCCGAAACAUGUCGGCGAGAUGGCUCUUACUGUUCCUGACGACGGCCGCCGCCAUAGCCUGCUACGUCCACGCGUGGCGACCCUGCCUGGAGCUGGACGCGUCGAUAAAACUACCCUGCCGAUGUAACAUUGAAGCAGUUGGCAACAACAGCCAGUAUGGAUUCAUCGCCGUCGACUGCGAACGAACCGCCCUCACGGGAGGAAUCCCGGCCGGCCUGCCGAUCAUCGCCUUCUCGCAUCGCAGCAGUGGACAUCAGGCGAUUCCAGAUCUAUCGAUGCUGAGUGCUUCCAUUAGGAGGUUGGAUUUCUCAAACAAUGGGAUCCGCAAUCUGCCGGACAAGGCCUUUUCGCCGGUCGGGGAAUACAUCACCGAGCUACGUUUGGCAAACAACUUGCUGGGAGAUAAUUUGAAUCCGAUCUUCUCGACCACCGAGCUGCAGACGCUGAAGAACGUGAAGGUGCUCGAUCUUUCCAACAACCAGCUGAUGGCGCUGGACGAAGGAGUCUUCAUCGGGUGUCGCAAGCUGCAGGACAUCCAGCUGGACGGAAACAAGCUUACCGCCGUUCCUGCGUCCUCGUUCAAGGAUCUACCCUCGUUGAGGAUCAUUUCGCUGCGCAACAAUCUGAUCGAGAACGUGUCCUCGGAUUCGUUUGCCUUCUCCAAUAAACUGGAGCGCAUCGAUCUGCGUUACAACAGAAUUCACAUGCUCAGGGCGAACGCUUUCUCCAACCUGCAGACGAUGAAGGAACUGCUGCUAGCAGGAAACUUGAUCAGUGUAAUCGACGAGCGCGCCUUCAUGGGUGCAGACAUGAUUCAGAAGCUUGAUCUUUCCGACAACUUGAUUGGAGAGUUCCCAACGGCCGCUCUCAGCUCGAUCGAGUCUCUGAAAGUGUUGAAUCUUUCGCUGAACAACAUCGAUAAGCUAGAAUCGAAGCAUCUGCAACAGCUUAGAAAUCUGCAGAUUCUCGACAUUAGCAGGAACGUAAUCGCAUCCGUUCUCCCAGGAACAUUCCGAGAGCAGAUCUUGCUUAAAUACCUCGACCUCAGUCUGAACUCGCUUCGAACGAUUGAAGAUGAUGCUUUUGAAGGACUGGACAAUCUGCAGACGCUGAUCUUGCGUGAUAACAACAUCCUUCUCAUCCCAGGAAGCGCCCUUGGACGACUUCCCCGACUAUCCAACCUGUACUUGGACUACAACCGAGUAGCUGCCCUGUCUUCCAGCAUCCUAAAGUCAAUCCAACCAGAAAACAUCAGAUACCUCUCACUAUCCCGUAACGUUAUCCGAGAACUUCCCGCCAACAGUUUCACUUCGUUCAAGAAGUUGAUCUACCUCGACAUUUCCGGAAACAGCUUGGGAGUGAUUAACGAGGAUACCUUCGCCGGGCUGGACAACACCCUGCUCGAGAUUAAGAUGUCGUACAACAAGAUUUCAACGUUCCGUAAAACCGUACUGCCAAAACUACGGAGGUUAGACAUUAGCUCGAACAGCAUCGAUGAUCUCGCCAUUGAUGCCUUCCACGGAUUGAGCAACCUCCUGUACUUGAACAUGAGUGGAAACGAACACGUGCUGCAGGUCACGCGAACCAUGAUCUACCCGCUCAACAAGCUGCAGGUUCUCGACGUAAGCAACUGUGGUCUGAAGGGAAUUCAACCCGACCUGUUCCACAACAACACCGAGCUAAGGAUCGUUUUACUCAGUCACAACCACCUGAAAAUGGUCGAUGAAAACACCUUCAUGAGCUUGAACAAUCUGUUCAACGUCGAUCUGUCACAAAACGAGAUCACCACUAUCAAACCUCGAUCGUUCAUCAACACUGUCAAUUUGCGAACGCUAAACCUGCGUGGCAACAAACUGACGGACUUCAAGGCCGACAUUUUCAACAGCGAAACAGCCAUGGAGACGCUGGAUCUGUCCGAUAACGAAAUCAGCACUUUUGCUCCCAGCACGUUCAAAAUCCACCCUCGGCUGCGAAAGAUCAUUCUUGCGAAGAACAAGAUCGAGCGGUUCAGCCCCGAUUUGGCCAACAUGUUGGACUUUUUGGAAGUGAUCGACUUGAGCGAGAAUCAGCUUACAAUCAUCGAUCAGCUGGACUUUUCGCGAUAUGCCAACCUACGAGAGCUUUACUUUGCUCAAAAUCAGAUCGAACUGCUGAACGACAUGGCGUUCCACAAUUCAACUCAGCUGCAAAUCAUUGACUUGAGCAGGAACCGUCUCGAGAGGUUGAGCGAACGAGCGUUCCUCGGAAUGAGCCGCAUCGAGAAGCUGGAUUUGAGUCACAACACACUUCAAGAACUGCCGGAAGGAAUCUUCGACAAGAGUCGGGUGAUAAAAGUUGAAAACAUCAUCUUGGCCAACAACAGCUUUCGAUCGAUUCCGUUUAGCGCGCUGAAGGAUCAGCACGACAGCGUUUACUCGCUGGACAUGAGCUACAACAAGUUGACGGACAUUCCAGCGUCGAAUGCCUACAUGGUUAUGGUUAACAUAAAGGAUGUCGACUUUUCGUUCAACUCUCUGUCAGAACAGGCCAUCAAAAUGCUGCUGGAGCAACCAAAGACGGUUCGCAAACUCAAUCUGGCCAGUACCGGAAUCGAGCGACUGCCGAUCCUUGAAACGCCCUACCUUCAGGUGCUAAAUGUAUCAAUGAACAACAUCAGUGCUGUUGGUGAUCGUGUGUUCGAUAAAACAACAUUGCUGGAGGUACUCGAUGUGUCUUCCAACCGACUCGAAAAUAUCGAUCCGUUGAAGUCGGUGUGGCCAAAGUUGACUCUGUUGAGCUAUCUCGACUUAUCGCGCAACCCGAUCAAAACGAUCAUGGCGCAUGCGUUCGAUUCGUUGGACGCACUGCGAACGUUGAAGAUCAAGGAUCUCCCGCAGAUUAGUCGUCUGGAGAAGAAUGCUUUCAAACAGUUGAGCAGUUUGUCCAACUUGGAAGCCUACAAUUUUGCCAAGCUCGGAUACAUUGAUGUGCAAGGAAUAAUCCAAGAGUUGCCUUCGCUGGCAUCGAUCGAUAUCGAGGUAAAGGAUUCGGUGCUAGAGUCCGAUCAACUGCAAGUAAUUGAUCACCCAAAGCUAACCCACCUGGGACUGUAUGGAUACAUGCUGCAGAGUAUGUCGUCGGGAAGCUUUGCCGGACUGAGAAAUAAAUUUUUGAGUGUCAGUUUGAAGAACACGUCCCUCUCAUCGCUACCACCGGCGUUGCUGUUGCCUUUGCCACGAUCGUCCCACAUUGAUCUGGACAUUUCCGGAUCGAAGAUCAGUACUUUGACGCAGCCCUUCCUGAGUUCGAUGGACGAUCGGAAGAACAGUUUAAGCAUUGCUGGAUUGAGUACUAAUCCGGUGCAGUGUGAUUGCCAGGCAAGGGCAUUCCGUCGGUGGAUUAUGGCCGCAAAGGUUAUGGAUGUACGCUGUUCCACACCAGACGCAGUCCGUGGACGAUUGUUGGUUGAAGUUGGAGAUAAUGAGCUGGUGUGCGAUCAGAAGAAAUCCUCAACGGCAACGACAGCUUCAACGACUACCCGAACUUCGACGAUCACUUUCACUAAUUAUACUGCAGGAUUCACGCAGGUCGUAACAAAGGCUACCCCAACGACAGAACAAGACAUAAUCUGGAGUGUGGCACCGACGGCCAAGACCAAGUCCAAGACGAAGAUGCCUCCGAUGAAGCAGAUGCCAAUUACAAACGACGACACCUUGAUCAUAGGAAUUGUGGGAGGAGUGAUUGUGUUCAUCUUCCUACUGAUCAUCAUUAUCUGCAUAUGCAGGUUGAAGAUGAACAGCGAUCCCUACCGGGGACCACCGAUUGGUAUGUCGACGAUGCAUCCCAACGGUAUGCAGGUCAACUACAAGAGCGGAAAAGGAACGCCCAUUUAUCCGAUCGUGGCUCCGUAUGGACAAAAUUACGCCACUCUCCCAUACAAGCAGAGUUCUUCUCCGGACACGCCGCAGCCAAGGCCAAACUAUUCGACGAUCGGUCGAAUUCCACACCAGUACCAGUACCAAAACCAGCACAUGAUGCCACCUCCAUCACACCACUCUGCAGCAUCUCUCCACUCGGUCCAUUCUGGUCAGAAUCCGUACAUGGCCUACCAGGAUGAUAAGGCCUACCGAUAGUCACCGGUUACGCAAGGCCGCCUUCAUCACCUCUCCACUGAGAUUUUCUUUUAGCUCUUAACUUAUUUAAAAUAACUGCUAAGUACAAUGUUCUUUAUUUUAAAAA